GUAAACGAUAUUUUUUAAUGUCAUUGUAUGUUGCAGUUGAAGGAAGAAUAAGAUGUUGGGAUAUAAAAAUAUUUGUAUAAAUAUACUGUCUAAUAGCAUGAUAUUUUUAAUCUUGUUUAAUCUUAUUUAAUAUUUAUAUCUAUAUAUAUAUUUUUUGUAUUAUUUCCAAUUAUUCGUUUUUCUUAAUAUUUUUGUAAAAAGAAUUUAAGAUGCAAGACAAUUAUAACUCUUCCAGCUGUCACUUUAAAUGGGCUGGAUUAUUUAUAUUUAGACGAAUGAGAUUUCAAGCAUAUAUAUAAAUUACAUAUAUUAUAUGAUAAUGAAAAUGAUAAAUUACAAACAAGAUAGUGAUGUAUAUAUUCUUAAUUUUUUAUUAUAAACUAGGAACUAUAUUACCAAUUACAGGUUUUUUAAAUAUCUAACGAGUUACUUUUAAGCAAUAUGAGACGUGCCAGAAUAAAAGCAUUAGCCACAGUACCAGUGCGUCGAAAGACGACACAAAAUAUAGUUACAGAUGAAACGGAUAAUAGCAAUGAAAAUAAAAAUGAUGAUAAUAAAGAUAAUGAUAAUAAAGAUAAUAAUAAGGAUAAGAAGGAUAAUAGUGAUAAUAAAGAGCAAAGUGAUAUUAGUAACCAAGAGGAUACAGCUGCAAGUGUUUGUGAAGAAAAUGACGCAUCAGAAGAAUCAAAUAGUAAGGAGAAAGCAAUAGUAAAUGAAUCUCAUAAAAUACAAGAACGUGUCGAAGAGAAGCAAAACGUUCAAUCUAAUUCCAUAGAACUAAACAGUCCGCAAGUAACUCAUCCCCCUGAAGUUCCUAAUACAAAUAUAAAUGUGUUAGGAUCUCCAACUAAGACUGCGCAGAAUCGAUCUUGUUUUAUGAGACCUGUACCAAGAUUAAAUAAUAGCGGUCGAAUAAGAAGCAACAGUAUUCAAGGUAGCGGGGCUAGUGCAAGCGAAUCAGAAGAUGAUAGUAAAAGGAUAAUUAAUAACGUAACAAAUAGAACGCGCAAUGAUUCAGUGUGUUCCAUUCAAAGCAGUAAAGAAGUUAAUUCUAACAAUGUAUCGAGCAAUGCUACUACUAAAUUAAAAACUGGUCAGAAGAGACGUAUAUUAAUAUCAGAAUCGGCAAGAAAGUUAGCCGAAGCUAGAAGAGAAUUUCUUUUAAAACACGAGAACAAAACACCGGAUAGAACGAAGCUUACAAUGUACGAUUUAAUAUAUUAUAAUCCUGUAACAAAUCCUAUGAAAAAAUCAAAGGAACCGGGUAUAAGUCACAUAGACAGAGAUUCUAUUUCUCAAAUCGAUGAAUUAGAAGAGGAAGAAAGGGAAGAUGAUCCGUCAUCUAUGCCAGUACCACAAGUAAAAGUUGGUCCGGAUGGACAGUUGAUAAUAGAUGAACAAAGUUUAGUAAUAGAGCAAUCGCAUGCAAAGAAAAGUCGUGAAGUGUUAGCUAAAAAAGCGAUAAUCGAUGAUGAUAACUAUGGAUCAGGUUUUUAUAAAAGACGUCCGAAAGGAAAAGAAUGGCCAAAAUGGGAAACAUUGAAAUUCUACAAGGCAUUAAAUAUAGUCGGUACAGAUUUCUUAUUGAUGCAAACUCUCUUUCCAAAUAGAACGCGACAAGAAAUUAAAUUAAAAUAUAAAAAAGAGGAAAGAAUGAAUAGAAGAUUAAUCGAGAAGGCAUUAGAAUUUCAUCAAGAAUUUAGUCCUGAAAUGGAAGAAGAAUUAGCGAAAUUUGAAGCAUCGACUCGGCAACAAUUUUACAUGGAACAAGAAACGGAUACGAAGAAUAAAGAAAAAAAGAAAUUAAAAAGAAGAGUGGGGUCUCGAUUUGCAGCAAGAAGUGUAGGAGAAGCGACUGUAACGGAUGACGAGAUAACAGAAUCAGAAAUGUCAGAAAUACAACAUAAAGAUAUCGAGGCGAAUAAUAAUCAGUUUUUACAGAGGCCAAGGAAACGUCUCAAAUCAAGUGUCAAAAGGACGGAUGAAGUUACAGAGGAGGGUAAAAAUGCAUGUUCAACAUCUGGUCCUGAGUCAGAUAGCGAUGCAGAGAUUUAUCAAAUCAGACCUACCAGAUCUGGUAGAGUGCCAAGAGUUAGAAAAUUACAAGGUCCUGAUAUAAAUAACUUGCAUAGUACUGGUACAGAACAAUCGGAACAUUCUGAAGGAAUAUUAUUAGAGAAUAACGAGGAAACUGUAAAAUCUACAAAUACCAGCAAUGAUACUGUUAUCAAUAACGAAGUGUAUCCCGAUGUCAUCACAUCCGCUAUUCCUAAUAUCGGUGAAGUAGAACCAGGUUCGGUAGUUAUUUUAUCGAAGGAAUCUCCGGAAGAACCUGGUGAAACCGUGUUACAAGUAUAUAUGGUUAGUUCUAACGUCGACGCAUUAAAUAUUCCAAUUGAGAACGAUAUCGUUCCUAUAAAAACGCAAUCCGAAGUUUUGGCUACGACACCGAACGCCUCCGAAGUGAAAUCGAUCGUAGGGAAAAAAGAACAAGAAUGUG